AUGGCCGGGGCUUCCGUAAAGGUGGCGGUGCGUGUCCGCCCCUUUAAUUCCCGGGAAAUGAGUCGAGACUCCAAGUGCAUCAUUCAGAUGUCUGGAAGCACCACCACCAUCAUUAACCCCAAACAGCCCAAGGAGACACCCAAAAGCUUCAGCUUUGACUACUCCUACUGGUCACACACCUCGCCCGAGGACAUCAACUAUGCCUCGCAGAAGCAGGUGUACCGGGACAUCGGCGAGGAGAUGCUGCAGCAUGCUUUUGAGGGCUACAACGUGUGCAUUUUUGCCUAUGGGCAGACAGGGGCCGGCAAGUCCUACACCAUGAUGGGCAAGCAGGAGAAGGACCAGCAGGGCAUUAUCCCGCAGCUCUGUGAGGACCUCUUCUCUCGCAUCAAUGACGCGACCAAUGACAACUUGUCCUACUCUGUGGAGGUCAGCUAUAUGGAGAUUUACUGUGAGCGCGUCCGGGACCUUCUGAACCCCAAGAACAAGGGCAACCUGCGAGUGAGGGAGCACCCACUGCUGGGGCCCUAUGUAGAGGACCUCUCCAAACUGGCUGUCACCUCCUACAAUGACAUCCAGGACCUCAUGGACUCAGGGAACAAGGCCAGGACGGUGGCAGCCACCAACAUGAACGAGACCAGCAGCCGCUCCCAUGCCGUCUUUAACAUUAUCUUCACCCAGAAGCGCCAUGACGCAGAGACCAACAUCACCACAGAGAAAGUGAGCAAAAUCAGCCUGGUGGAUCUGGCUGGGAGCGAGCGGGCUGACUCCACAGGGGCCAAGGGCACACGUCUCAAGGAAGGAGCCAACAUCAACAAGUCCUUGACCACGCUGGGGAAGGUCAUCUCUGCUCUGGCUGAAAUGGACUCAGGACCCAACAAGAACAAGAAAAAGAAGAAGACAGAUUUCAUUCCAUAUCGAGAUUCCGUGCUGACCUGGCUUCUCCGGGAAAAUCUGGGCGGUAACUCCAGGACAGCUAUGGUGGCAGCCCUGAGCCCCGCAGACAUCAACUAUGAUGAGACCCUUAGCACGUUGAGGUAUGCUGACCGGGCCAAGCAGAUCCGCUGUAACGCUGUCAUCAAUGAGGACCCCAACAACAAACUGAUCCGUGAGCUGAAGGAUGAGGUGACCCGGCUGCGGGACUUGCUGUACGCCCAGGGUCUUGGCGACAUCACCGAAGCCAACACUGUGCCCGGAGGACCCAAAUUGACCAAUGCCCUGGUGGGCAUGAGCCCCUCGUCCUCGCUCUCAGCUCUGUCCAGCCGUGCUGCCUCUGUGUCUAGCCUCCAUGAGCGCAUCUUGUUUGCCCCGGGCAGUGAGGAGGCUAUCGAAAGGCUGAAGGAGACAGAGAAAAUCAUAGCCGAGCUCAAUGAGACCUGGGAGGAGAAACUACGGCGGACAGAAGCCAUCCGGAUGGAGAGGGAAGCCCUGCUGGCUGAGAUGGGAGUGGCCAUGAGAGAGGAUGGUGGCACUUUGGGUGUGUUCUCUCCCAAAAAGACACCACAUCUUGUCAACCUGAAUGAGGACCCACUGAUGUCUGAGUGUCUCCUGUACUACAUCAAGGAUGGGGUCACCAGAGUGGGCAGGGAGGACGGAGAGAGGCGGCAGGACAUCGUUCUGAGCGGGCACUUCAUCAAGGAAGAGCACUGUGUAUUCCGGAGCGACUCCCGGGGCGGCAGCGAAGCCGUGGUGACCCUGGAGCCUUGUGAGGGGGCAGAUACCUAUGUCAACGGCAAGAAGGUCACCGAGCCCAGCAUCCUACGGUCAGGAAACCGCAUCAUCAUGGGGAAGAGCCAUGUGUUCCGCUUCAACCACCCUGAGCAGGCCCGGCAGGAGCGUGAGCGCACACCCUGCGCAGAGACACCUGCGGAGCCCGUGGACUGGGCCUUCGCCCAGCGCGAACUGCUGGAGAAGCAGGGCAUUGACAUGAAGCAGGAGAUGGAGCAGAGGCUCCAAGAGCUGGAGGACCAGUACCGCCGUGAGCGAGAGGAGGCCACCUACUUGCUGGAGCAGCAGAGGCUGGACUACGAGAGCAAGCUGGAGGCUUUGCAGAAGCAGAUGGACUCCAGGUACUACUCAGAGGUGAAUGAGGAGGAGGAGGAACCGGAGGACGAAGUCCAAUGGACGGAGAGAGAGUGUGAGCUGGCGCUGUGGGCCUUCCGGAAGUGGAAGUGGUACCAGUUUACAUCCCUGCGGGACUUGCUGUGGGGCAAUGCCAUCUUCCUCAAGGAGGCCAACGCCAUCAGUGUGGAGCUGAAGAAGAAGGUCCAGUUCCAGUUUGUCCUCCUUACAGACACGCUCUACUCCCCUCUGCCCCCUGACCUGCUGCCCCCAGAGGCCGCCAAAGACAGAGAGACACGGCCCUUCCCCCGCACCAUUGUGGCUGUGGAGGUCCAGGACCAGAAGAAUGGGGCCACUCACUACUGGACCUUGGAGAAGCUCAGGCAGCGCCUCGACUUGAUGCGGGAAAUGUACGACCGGGCGGCAGAGGUGCCCUCCAGUGUCAUUGAGGACUGUGACAAUGUGGUGACCGGCGGAGACCCCUUCUACGACCGUUUCCCCUGGUUCCGGCUGGUGGGCAGUCCAGCCGUCUCUGGCUGCAGCAGCCACCCUCUUCUCAACACAUGCAUGAGCGAACGCAUGGCUGCUCUCACCCCCUCCCCCACCUUCUCGAGCCCCGACUCCGACGCCACCGAGCCUGCCGAGGAGCAGAGUGUGGGGGAGGAGGAGGAGGAGGAGGAGGAGGAGGACCUGGAGGACGACGUCUUUCCGGAGCACGUGCUGUGCGACGGCCGGGACCCGUUUUACGACCGGCCCCCCCUGUUCAGUUUAGUAGGAAGGGCCUUCGUGUACCUGAGUAACCUGCUGUACCCUGUGCCCCUGGUGCACCGUGUGGCCAUCGUCAGUGAGAAGGGUGAAGUGAAGGGCUUUCUCCGUGUGGCGGUCCAGGCCAUCUCAGCUGAUGAAGAGGCCCCUGAUUACGGCUCCGGCGUCCGCCAGUCAGGAACUGCUAAAAUCUCCUUUGAUGACCAGCAUUUUGAAAAGUUCCAGUCUGAGUCCUGCCCUGUGGUGGGAAUGUCCCGCUCAGGGACCUCCCAGGAAGAGCUGCGUAUCGUGGAAGGCCAAGGCCAGGGUGCGGAUAUGGGGCCCUCGGCUGAUGAAGUCAACAACAACACCUGCUCAGCGCUGCCUCCGGAAGGCCUCCUCCUAGACAGCCCCGAGAAAGGCGCGCUGGAUGGGCCCCUGGAUGCCGCCCUGGACCACUUGCGCCUGGGGAGCACCUUCACCUUCCGUGUGACAGUGCUGCAGGCGUCCAGCAUCUCUGCUGAAUAUGCCGACAUCUUCUGCCAGUUUAACUUUAUCCACCGUCAUGACGAGGCCUUCUCCACGGAGCCCCUGAAGAACACGGGCAGGGGACCCCCACUCGGCUUCUACCAUGUCCAGAACAUCGCGGUGGAGGUGACCAAGUCCUUCAUUGAGUACAUCAGGAGCCAGCCGAUUGUGUUCGAGGUCUUUGGCCACUACCAGCAGCACCCGUUCCCACCCCUCUGCAAGGAUGUGCUCAGCCCCCUGAGGCCCUCGCGCCGCCAUUUCCCCCGGGUCAUGCCACUAUCCAAGCCAGUGCCUGCCACCAAGCUCAGCACACUGACACGGCCCUCUCCAGGACCCUGCCACUGCAAGUAUGACCUCCUGGUCUACUUCGAAAUCUGUGAGCUGGAGGCCAAUGGCGAUUACAUCCCUGCAGUGGUGGACCACCGUGGGGGCAUGCCGUGCAUGGGGACCUUCCUCCUCCACCAGGGCAUCCAGAGACGGAUAACCGUGACACUGCUGCAUGAGACUGGCAGCCAUAUUCGCUGGAAGGAAGUGCGCGAGCUGGUCGUGGGUCGCAUCCGAAACACUCCAGAGACAGAUGAGUCCCUGAUUGACCCUAACAUCUUGUCUCUCAACAUCCUCUCUUCUGGAUACAUCCACCCAGCUCAGGAUGACCGGACCUUUUACCAGUUCGAGGCUGCGUGGGACAGCUCCAUGCACAACUCUCUCCUGCUGAACCGGGUCACCCCUUACCGAGAGAAAAUCUACAUGACCCUCUCUGCUUAUAUUGAGAUGGAGAACUGCACCCAGCCGGCCGUCAUCACCAAGGACUUCUGCAUGGUCUUCUAUUCCCGUGAUGCCAAGCUGCCGGCCUCACGUUCCAUCCGCAACCUGUUUGGCAGCGGGAGCCUGCGGGCCUCAGAGAGCAACCGUGUGACAGGCGUGUAUGAGCUCAGCUUGUGCCACGUGGCCGAUGCAGGCAGCCCAGGGAUGCAGCGCCGGCGCCGGCGGGUGCUGGACACAUCUGUGGCCUACGUCCGGGGUGAAGAGAACCUGGCAGGCUGGAGGCCCCGAAGCGACAGCCUCAUUCUGGACCACCAGUGGGAACUGGAGAAGCUGAGCCUGCUGCAAGAGGUGGAGAAGACCAGGCACUACCUACUCCUGCGGGAAAAACUGGAGACCACUCAACGGCCAGUGCCUGAAGCCCUGUCCCCGGCCUCUAGCGAGGACUCUGAAUCCCAUGGCUCAUCCAGCGCCUCCUCCCCACUCUCAGCUGAGGGCCGGCCAUCGCCCCUGGAGGCACCCAAUGAGAGGCAGCGGGAGCUGGCUGUCAAGUGCCUGCGCCUCCUCACACACACGUUCAACAGAGAGUACACCCACAGUCACGUCUGUGUCAGCGCCAGCGAGAGCAAGCUCUCUGAGAUGUCUGUCACCCUGCUGCGGGACCCGUCUAUGUCCCCUCUAGGGGCAGCUACGCUCACCCCCUCCUCCACCUGCCCCUCUCUGGUCGAAGGGCGGUAUGGUGCUGUUGACCUGAGAAACCCACAGCCCUGCUCCCGACCGGCCAGCCCGGAGCCUGAGCCACUGCCAGAGGCCGACUCCAAGAAGACUCCCUCCCCAGUCCGGUUGACAGAGGUUGACAAGGAGCCGCAGCGCCUGCUGGUCCCUGACAUCCAGGAGAUCCGGACACCCAACACCUUCGCAGUGUGCACGGAGCACCGCGGCAUCCUGCUACAGGCCAACAGCGACAAGGACAUGCAUGACUGGCUGUAUGCCUUCAACCCCCUCCUGGCUGGGACCAUACGGUCCAAGCUGUCCCGAAGGAGGUCUGCCCAGAUGAGGGUCUGAGCUGGAUCCUCCAUCCCCUGGACAGCCAGCAGGCCCGGCCCCCUCCCUCGUUCCCUCCUCGUCCUGUCAUCUGCCUCUCAGCCCUUGCCCACCAGACAGCUCACGGCCAUGUCUCCCCACCGGGGACAUCUGUGCUGGGCCCGGGGACCUGCACCACAUGAUCAGUUGUAUUCCUCGCAGAGGCUGUGUGAGGCGUCAUUUCUUUCAAGACGUGUGCUGUGUGGGAAGAGCUGGGAAAUGCUGGGAAGGCCAAAGGGCACAGGUCA